UUGUAGGUGUUUUUUUUUUAAAGAAGAAAAUACUAAAAAUAGGGAGAAAAAACUUCUUAAAUUUUAGAAACCAUUGAAGAAAUUGAAAAAAAUUCAUAAGUUUCAUUGCAUGUAUAUGAAAACAUCUAUACAGGAAAGGGAAAACAUUGUAAUUAAACUAAAAAGACACUGCACAGACUGAUGCUAUUUUUUUGUAGAAUAUAUGACCAAGUCAUAUUAUUUAAAAGCUCGUAUAUGUUGGUAAGAAUAUUGAGACACCAGGAAUAAUUAUAAAGUGUAGAUAAAAAUAAGGCAAAAUUUUUUAUUCCAAAAUUAAUAGUACCAAGUACUAAAGAGAAUGCAAUGAUCAUACUGCUGGUGGCAGUAUAACCAAACUUAAUUUCUCUAGAAACCAAUUUGGAAAUAUGUAACAAGACCUGAAAAGUGUUAACAUUUUUUUUGUAGUCUUUCCCUACAUCUUGGAAUUGCCCAAGCAAGUAACCAAAAUUAAUAGCACAAAUUGAAAUUAUAAUGAUUGCGUAUUGUGAUUAAAACUCUACAAACAAAUGCUUGUGAAGCUCUUGAAACUGAAAAAUAGAAAUGAAGGUACAUAUGCACACAAAAUUUUGCCUCAUUUGUUUGCUGACAUUUAUUUUCCAUCACUGCAACCAUUGCCAUGAAGAACAUGACCAUGGUUCUGAAGAACAUCACAGACAUCGUCGUGGGAUGACAGAAUCGGAGUCAAGCAAAUUUUCAGUGCUGGAUGCUGAAAAUGAAAAAAAAUAUUACAUUGAAAAACUUUUUGACCGUUAUGGUGAAAAUGGAAGAUUAUCCUUUUUUGGUCUGGAGAAACUUUUAACAAACUUGGGCCUUGGAGAGAUAAAAGUUGUUGAGAUUAAUCAUGAGGAUCUUGGCCACGAUCAUGUUUCUCACUUAGAUAUUUUGGCAGUUCAAGAGGGAAAGCAUUUUCACUCCCAUAACCACCAGCAUUCCCACAAUCAUUUAAGUUCAGAAAAUCAAACUGUGACUAGUGUAUCCACAAAAAGAAACCAUAAGUGUGAUCCAGAGAAAGAGACAAUUGAAGUAUCUGUCAAAUCUGAUGAUAAACAUACACAUGACCGUAAUCAUCGCUUAUGUCAUCACCAUUGUUUGCAUCACCACCUAGAUCAUAACACCACUCGCCAUUUUCCCAAUGAUUCCAUUGCUCACAGUGAGCGUGGGGAGCCUAGCCAUGAACCUUCAACAGAGACCAAUAAAACACAGGAACAAUCUGAAAGUAAGCUACCAAAAGGAAAAAGGAAGAGAAAAGGGAAGAAAAGUAAUGAAAAUUCUGAGGUUAUUACACCAGGUUUUCCCCCCAACCAUGAUCAGGGUGAACAGUAUGAACAUAAUCGGGUCCACAAACCUGAUCGUGUACAUAACCCAGGUCAUUCUCACGUACGCCUUCCGGAACAUAAUGGUCACGAUCCUGGUCAUGGACACCAAGAUCUUAAUCCUGAUAAUGAAGGUGAACUUCGACAUACUAGGAAGCGAGAAGCACCACAUGUUAAAAAAAGUGCAAUUUAUUCAGCUGCUACCCACAAAGAUCAUAAUGAAGAUGACCGUCAGCAUGAGUGUUUGAACGUCACUCAGUUGUUAAAAUACUAUGGUCAUGGUGCCAAUUCUCCGAUCUCACCUGAUUUAUUUACAUACCUUUGCCCUGCUUUAUUGUAUCAAAUCGACAGCAGACUUUGUAUUGAGCAUUUUGACAAACUUUUAGUUGAAGAUUUAAAUAAAGAUAAAAAUCAGGUUCCUGAAGAUAAGGCAAAUAUAGGGGCAUCAGCAUGGAUUUGUGGUAUCAUUUCUAUCACUGUCAUUAGCCUGCUUUCCUUGCUAGGCGUGAUCUUGGUUCCCAUCAUUAACCAAGGAUGCUUCAAAUUUCUUCUCACAUUCCUUGUUGCACUAGCUGUAGGAACAAUGAGUGGAGACGCCCUUCUUCAUCUACUGCCCCAUUCUCAGGGUGGACAUGAUCAUAGUCAUCAACAUGCACAUGGGCAUGGACAUUCUCAUGGACACGAAUCUAAGAAGUUUUUGGAGGAAUAUGAUGCCGUAUUGAAAGGACUUGUCGCUCUAGGAGGCAUUUACUUGUUAUUUAUCAUUGAACACUGCAUUAGAAUGUUUAAGCACUACAAGCAGCAAAGAGGAAAACAGAAAUGGUUUAUGAAGCAGAACACAGAAGAAUCAACUAUUGGAAGGAAGCUUUCAGAUCAUAAGUUAAAUAAUACACCAGAUGCUGACUGGCUUCAGCUCAAGCCUCUUGCCGGAACUGAUGACUCGGUCGUUUCUGAAGAUCGACUUAAUGAAACUGAACUGACAGAUUUAGAAGGUCAACAAGAAUCCCCUCCUAAAAAUUAUCUUUGUGUGGAAGAGGAGAAAAUCAUGGACCAUUCUCACAGUGAUGGGUUACAUACCAUUCACGAGCAUGACCUCCAUGCUGCUGCACACAACCACCAUGACGAGAGUAAGACUGUGCUGAGGAAACAUAACCACCAGUGGCACCACAAGCAUUCUCACCAUUCUCAUGGGCCCUGUCAUUCUGGGUCCGAUCUGAAAGAAACCGGCAUAGCUAAUAUAGCUUGGAUGGUAAUCAUGGGGGAUGGCAUCCACAACUUCAGUGAUGGGCUAGCAAUUGGAGCAGCUUUCAGUGCUGGACUGACGGGAGGAAUCAGUACCUCUAUAGCUGUGUUCUGUCAUGAGCUGCCACAUGAGUUAGGUGAUUUUGCAGUUCUUCUUAAAGCUGGCAUGACUGUAAGGCAAGCAAUUGUAUACAACCUCCUCUCUGCCAUGAUGGCUUACAUAGGCAUGCUUAUAGGCACAGCUGUGGGUCAGUAUGCCAAUAACAUCACACUUUGGAUCUUUGCAAUCACUGCAGGCAUGUUCCUUUAUGUCGCCUUGGUGGAUAUGCUUCCAGAAAUGUUGCAUGGUGAUGGUGACAAUGAAGAACAUGGCUUUUGUCCAGUGGGGCAAUUCAUUCUUCAGAAUUUAGGAUUGCUGUUUGGAUUUGCCAUCAUGCUGGUGAUUGCCCUCUAUGAAGACAAAAUUGUGUUUGACCUCCAGUUUUAACCAUUCCCAGUCACCAUUGUGGAUUACGAGAAUGUUCCCAUGCAGCUGUGCAGCUGUUCCUAGUGCUGUGCGCACAUUUUGCUCAAAGAAAAGUCAGUGGCUUGCACUACUUACAAGUUCCAUAGAUCUGAGCCUAACCACAAAAGACUGGUUGGUGCUCAGUACUGCUUUUCCCUGUGUGAAGGGGUCUUUUAAAAAUACAAAGCUUGUGAUAAAGAAAGGAGAAAAUGGGACUCCACGAACCAAUGUUGAUAUAGGUUUAAGACUUUUAAAAGAAUAAUCAUAUAAAACACUAAAGUAGUCUCUUUGGUAGUAGAAACUUCUGUGGCUAUGCAGAAAUAGAAAUUGAACCAAAAAAAUCAUUUAAACUUUAAAAAUAUUUUAAAUGGACUUCGGGCAGACUUUUCUUUGUGCUAAAAAUGAAUUGUAGCAUCCUUUAAUUCAGUUACAUAUAUACAUAAGGUAAUGGGGAUCAACUUGAUACAGUUUUGAAACUGCAUUAGGUAGGCUAUAGGAACUAGAGGAAGGCUCAGGCUGCAUUAGAGUAUGAAUUUAGCAUUGGGAAAAGCCCUUAUUCUUGAAUCUAGAGUUACUAUUUUUGUAUAUAUUGGCAUAGUGUUUAAACUUGCAGCCUAAACUACUGAAAUCUGUGAUUGUAUGUUUGUGUGAGCUUCAGUUUAACGAAAGAUUCAUAAUGGUUCUUCGUAUUAAUAUUAUACUUGGUGUUUGGGUGUUUUUUCUUUCAAACUUUAAUUUUGUUUUUGUUUUGGGAUUUUUGGUGGGGGUAGGGAGUUGGAGCAUGUGGUAAAAUGUUUUUUUCAUUCAAAGUGUAACCCUCUAGGAAAUAUCAGAACAAAGAAGAACCCAAACAUCUAAAUAUUCAGUUCUGCUACUUUAACAGUACUAACUAGUUAUUUGGGAAAUUUAAGUUCUAAAUGUAUGCAUUGCUUUACCAGCUUGGCUUUGGAACCUAGAGCACAUGCUGUGACUGGCAGUGAGGUAAGGCAGAAAAUCCACGUUUACCAUAUCCUAAUCUGUAUGUCCAUUAAAAUGGUUAUGAGGAAAAUCUCCAUCGAUACCAUAGCUAGCAUGGUACCGAGUGACUUGGGAGAUACACUUAAAUAACUCCGCUAAAAUCACUUAAUCAUUUUGUGCCAAGAUAUGCUGUUGGUGCCUGAUAGGGGUUGGUCUCUCUUAUAGAUGCCCUGUUCUACCAUAAUUGAGUGGUUUGUGAGAAGUGCGAGCCGUGUUUAUCCUGAAUUUUGACCCAGUAAUUUGUAGUACUAGUCACAUUGCAUGUAGCUUUCUGUUGACGUCUUGUGCCACACGCCUUCAUUCAUGCCAGGUAAACUGUAUUUGAACUAUGUGCAGGCAGCUUGGUUUUAAUCUGCUUGGCUACCAGUGCGGCUGCUUUAAAAAUCUUACUGUUCAAAUAUUUAAGAGCCAAACUCUUUCCAUUCCAUUUACCAUGUUUUCAUUUCCUUCUCCUUUUCCUCAGCCCCUUUCCUCUUACUUCAUGAACUUUAAACAAAAAAAUAAAACUUCGAGAGCAGCACAUGUUUCCAGGUAUUAAGAGUAUUGCCAGUGUUUCUUCUUUAUGCUGUGAGCGAGGAAGCUUAGGUGUUAUUUCCUUAAUUUGUGCCUGAAUUUGAAAAAUUAUUUCUGGCUUUUCUCACGGCCUCCUGUAAUAAGUAGGUUUUGGUUUUCUGUUUUUUGUUUUUUUUUUUUUUAACAUAGAAUAUCUUCAGCAUUGGGCACUGAAUUAGGACAGCCUUCAUCUCAUUGCUUGGCCCUUCAAGCAACCUAGUAAAAGGUGCUGUUAUUUUAUUUAGUACUGCCAACUUCGAGUGAUUAAAAUAUCUUGCUUUCUGAACCAAGAUAUAUAAUUCAUUUUUGCAUUUUUAUACCCAAGGAAGAUUCUGCAUUCCGGCAUUAAAUCUGCUUAAUUUUAAAACUUUUAUGAAAAGCAACAGUUGGAAUAUACUCCCCGUCUUAAAGGUCUGGUUGAAAACAGGUUCUGCUGAAGUAUAUAAAGUUUUAUAUUCUCUCAAAAAUGGUAUUACAUUAUCUUCAUUUGCUAGAUUUUUUAAAACCUGUUAAGAGGGCUGUAACAGUUGCUGCUAGUGUUUUGUUAGGGUUCCACCAGUAUUUAGUUUUCAUGUCAUUCUGAUGUAUAGUUUCAAGUCUGACCAGACAAUCUGAAUUCCACUACAUUUCUGUUCGGCUCCAACAUUCCAUUGAGCUUGACCAGUCUAAUUUAACAUGUGUUUGUUGGAGGUUGUUAAUGUUACUUGUACAAUGCUGUCACUGUGUGACAUCCAUAUGAAUUUUGGUGUAUAUCACAUUGCAUUCAAUCAGCUGUGAUUAUGCGUAGAAAUACAAUAGUAACUAGAUGCAGUGUGAAUUUUUUCCAUUAACAGUAAGUCAGUGGCUUAAAUAUGAUUAUGGUCCUGCAAGGUGAUACUUGCUAAAAUAUCUAAACCUUUUUUUGUUGUUGUAACUGAAUCAUUUUUAAAAAAAAUUUAUAAAGCUGGAAAUGAUCAAAUGCUGUUUUUUUCAUUGUCAACAGUGGUGUGUCAUUUUAUGUAUGUUCCUAAUGCUUAUGGAACUCUCCCAAAAUAAAGUUAUUCAAAAAGAGCAAA